AUGUCUCAAACGACCCACUCCAGUGGCAUCGAUGACGCCCCAAACAAAAAUUCCACAGAAUCAAGAACAUCGAUCUGUGACAACCGCAUUCACCUCCUCCUUGCCGCAACUGGCUCCGUCGCGACUAUCAAAAUAGCCAAUAUCAUCAGCGCCCUCUCCCCUCAUAUCCACAAGCUCUCGAUAAGAGUAAUUCUCACCACCAAAGCCAAGCAAUUCCUAGCCGGCCAAUCCGCCGAGCAGCCCACUGUAUCAUCCCUCAUUUCCCUCCCUGGCGUGGAAGCCGUCUACGACGAUGACGCGGAGUGGGGGCCAGAGCCCUGGCGCCGCGGUGUUGAUAUUUUGCACAUCUCUCUCCGACGCUGGGCAGAUAUCCUUGUCAUUGCUCCUCUUUCCGCAAACACCCUAGCCAAGCUCGCCAACGGACUUAGCGAUAACCUGUUGACGUCCGUAUGUCGGGCGUGGGAUACGGAUGGCCAGGUUGACGGGAAACGAAAGCGGAUUGUAGUUGCGCCGGCCAUGAAUACGGCUAUGUGGCGGCACCCAGUGACGGCCCAGCAUAUCCGGGUACUAGAGGUGGAAUGGGGUGUUAGAAAAGACGAGGACAAGAGAGAGGAGACAGGCUGGUUCGAGGUUCUGCAACCGCAGUCAUCAAAGGUGUUAGCUUGUGGGGACGUGGGGAGCGGCGCUAUGUUGGAAUGGACCGAGAUAGUCAAGGUCAUUGAAGAUAGGUUAGGGUUGAGCGAUCAGAAUUCUUCUCAGGGUACUUAG